AUGAGACCACCUGACGGGCACACGGCGGUGCACCACACCGCCGAGCAAGAGGCCGAACACAUCCACCGUAUCGAGGAGGCGGGCUACACCUCGGCUGUUCCCAUUGGCGAUGGUUUCAUGGAGUCGGCCGUGGCCAUGGCACCUCCACACGAGCGGCUGAGCAUGGAGCGACGAGCGAGCUCUGUGGAAGCCAUGGAGGAGACUGCCAGGAUAGAGGACGACAUUGGCCCCCCACCUGACGGUGGUCGUCAAGCAUGGUUGACCGUCCUGGCGGGUUUCCUUCAACAGUUUUGCAUUUUCGGAAUGAUCAACUGCAACGGCAACCUGCAGGCAUACUACCUCGCGAAUCAACUGGAGGGGUACCAAAAGCCUACGGUCGCAUGGAUCGGUUCGGUGCAGUCAUUUGUCGAAUUUGCCUUUGCUCUCAUCACGGGACGGUACCUUGACGUCCAUGGCCCUGUACUGCUUGUUAGCGGUGCGACAGUGCUGGGAUUUGCGGCGACAAUUGGCAUGGCUUUCUCAUACAAGUUUUACCAGUUCUUCCUUUCGUUCUUCCUCUUUGGUAUCGCGGGCACUCUUACAUAUGCCCCGAGCGGUGCAAUCGUCUCGCACUGGUUUGCCAAGAGACGAUCCCUUGCUGUGGGAAUCGUGGUGUGCGGUAGCAGUGUCGGUGGUCUGAUCUAUCCGAUCAUGCUGGAACAGCUGUUCGUCAGGACAUCGUAUCGCAACACAAUGUUGAUUAUCGGCGCAAUGAACUUUGUGCUCAUGGCUCCCGGCGUGUUUUGGAUGAAGACACGUCUUCCUCCUCGCCGUCCACCGCCACUCAAGGACAUGCUCCGCCCGUGGCAUGAGCCCAAGUAUGUCGUGCACGUCAUCGGCUCAGUCCUCUACGGCAUGAACAUCCUGGCCCCAUUCUUCACCGCCAUCAGUUAUGCCACGGAAAAUGGUCUUCCGGACCACAUUGCGUCGUAUGCCGUGACGAUUUGCAUGUCGGGCUCGAUCGUUGGCCGUAUUGCCUUUGGGCUCUUGGCCGACCGGUUCGGUGUGUGGCGCAUCUACGGAACCGUGGGCUUUAUCAGUUCAAUCGUCAUGUUUGCAUUCUGGCUGCCACCGAUGAACGGCGGUCCCGGUGCCGAGGCCUUGACAAUCAUCGGUCUGCUCUCGUACGGCGUCAUCUCGGGUUCAUGGUUCACCCUCGUUCCAUCUGCCACCGCUGCCAUCUCGCCCGUCCACGAAGCUGGUAUGAGGUUUGGUAUGUUGAUUACCGUCAUGGCCAUACCUUCCUUGGUGGGACCGGUCAUCACCAGUGCCCUCAUCGAGGCUGGCAACAACCGCUUCACGUAUGGCGCCGUGUGGGUGGGCUGCUGUACUGCACUGAGCGGGCUUGUGACCAACUCGAUUCCGUUUGCCGAGUGGGUGAAACGCCGGAGAGGGUGGGGCAAGGAAGAGGCAUGCAGCAGUGUCGAGUCGACUGCGCCGACCUUGGAGGAAGCGAGGAUCGAGGAGAAGCCCGAGGGAGUACAGGUGACGGAGACGUCAAAGUCGUAG